AUGCGAUCUCUAGCGGUGGAUGGCGUGAGGGGGGCGGGGGCAGCGAUGAUGUGCGCAGCGAUGCUGCUGCUGCUGAUCAUGCAGAGAGAUCAUGUCAGACCCACGGGCCUCGUAAGCUCGAGGCAGAGUCGCCUGAGGCAGCAGACAAAGGCUCAUCGCGUGCUGAAGUCCAGGAAACAGGAGCUUGCAUCGUUCCCUGAUGCCACUCCUGAACUCGAUCUGCCGCAUGUCGACACUGCCAGAGACGCAGAGCCUACCGACUUCUUCAACCAAUGGUCGAAGGAGGAUGACUCUAAGCUUCCUCUCCCCACCCUGUCACUUGCAGGAGCCCGCGGCAAGGACCGUGCGAGGAGAAGAAUCCAGAUGAUGCACAAGACGCAGAAGCUUGCACCUGCGGGGGGAGACUCUGAUUUACCCACUGCUGCAGAUAACCCAGUUGGCGUUGCUGCCGCCGCCAAGAUCUUGAAGGACGAGGAAGGUUUCGACAAGUCGAUAGGCGAAGGGAAAGAUGCGUUGGAAGAAUGGAAGAAGGCAGCCAAGAACUCUGGUCCAGCCAUUCUUGAUUCGAUCACUGAUGACGCGACCUCAUUCAACCCCUUCCCUCACCAGAGUCUGUCGGAGAAGCUUGAGAUUCAAGAUGUUUGGAACAACGCUAGGAAACUUGCGAAACCUGCCGGGAAGUUGAGUGAUGAUCCCAAAGAAACGAAGAAGUCAAUCAUGAAUGCAGAAGCUCAAGCAGAAUCUGCAGCAUAUCUCGCAGCCAAUGAAGCAGCGGCAGUUGAUGCUUAUGAUCUUUCCAUGCCGAAUCCUGAUAUGAUGGCAAAGAAAGGCCGUAGCAGUUUGACUGGACAAGCUCUCGCCAACAAGAACCAAAUGCAUUUGCAGGGACAAGCGAUGGCUGUACACUCACACCAUGGGCCCCUCUCCUCUCAGGCCUUAGCAGCGUGGCGAAGGGCCGAUCGCAUGAACGGCAGAAAGAAUGCCAUUAUGAGCCGCACGCAGGCAUUGGCCGACGUCGAUGGCGGUGCAGCUUUGAAACACGGGAGCAAAUCCAUCGAUGCAGCGAUUGUUCGACUUGUGAAGCAGGACGAGAAGACGAUCCGCAGUGACGUCAAUAGAUAUCGUUUGGCUAUAGCGAAGGCUCAGGGAGAAAAGGACGAGGCGGUGAAACUCGCAGGAGCCGACAGCCAAGCUGUGAAGGAUGCAGCAACCAUGAUAACCAAGGACAAGGUCCACAUUCUGAUGGAUGGAGGUAGAGAAAUGGAGGCGAAACGAAUCAUGAAGGCAGCCGAGACUCUUGAAAGCUCAGCAGCUCAGCAGUCCAGUGGGGCCAAAGCUUUGAAACCCAAACCAGUGGAGAUGGAACGAGGGCAGGUGUCUGACACAGCAGAGCAGCCAAUCGAGGUGCGGAUGAGGUCACGCGCAAGGAAUGCACAUAAGCCCAGCCUACUAAAGCAGAAUUUCAAAGCCACAGACAAAGUACAAUUCAACGGGCUUCAUUCAUUGCCGGACGCUGGAUCUACCAACGAUCAUGUCCUGUCUUCGUUCAUCGACAAGGCGUUGGGGGACGAAGCCACCUCAUUGGACGAUAUUCAAGAAGACAUCCAUGGUAGCACUGGCAAGCCAAUGCUGCCGCAGCAUGUGACUUUCAACGGGGAGAUGAACAAGGGCGUUGAUCCUCUCACGGUGUUUGGGGUGUUUGACACCAGGACUGCGGCACAAAUCUAUCAGAAAUAG